GUAAGUUUGUAAUUUGUAUGGUCUCUCUUGUGCGCUAAAAGUGCACCACAUUUGAGUGCUCCUAAACCUCCUAAACAUAAUAAGAGGUUACUUGUGUUUGCUAUUAAAGUGUAAUAUUAGGAGACUCAAUGGCAAACGAUAGAGAAGUAUUGCGUGAAAUUUGGGACGGAAAAUUACCAAUAUGUUUUCAAUUAGAUCAAGAAGAAAUCAUGGAAAUUCAGCAGCCAGACCCUUUCUAUGUGAUGGUUCCAAGGUUGAGCUACUUCCCUCUAGUAACGGAUAAGAUGAAAAGGCAUUUUCUGCGUUAUAUUUCACAAGAGAAUGCUGACAACGAGAUGUGGCUGGACUACAAUGGUCAGCCACUGAAAUGGCACUACCCAAUAGGCUUCCUGUACGACCUAUAUUGUGGUCAAGAUCCACAACUGCCGUGGGCAUUGACUGUCCAUUUUACUAAAUUCCCUGAAGAUAUUUUAUUACAUUGCCUUAAUAAAGAAGUUGUAGAAGCCCAUUACAUGUCAACAGUGAAAGAGGCAGACGUGCUAAAACACCGUGGGCAAGUUAUGUCUACCAUGCAAAAAAAGGACCACAAUCAGUUAUGGCUUGGAUUACAAAAUGAUAAAUUUGACCAAUUCUGGGCAAUAAAUAGAAGACUGAUGGAGUCCCACGGGGAUACUGAAGGCUUCAAACACAUUCCUGUAAGAUUGUAUUCUGAUGAUGGCAUCUGCAAUCAACGACUAGUCAGCCCAAAGAAUAGCGAUGGCACCAGAAAGGUGUUGCAGCAAAUGAUCUCUGAACUGUACCCUGACAGGUCUGACGUUAAAUUAAGGACACAUGGCAUAACAUUACCAUCAGACACACCCCUUCAAUGGCUAUCAGAACAUAUGAGCUAUCCAGACAACUUCCUACAUUUGUGCUUGUGUUAGGAAAAUACAAAUGACUAUAUUUAUGCGUGAUGCUCUAAUAUUCGUAAAAUACUGUGUAAAAUAAAAUACAUAAGUUAACACAGAUAAUAUAACACUAGUACUAGUUACCUUAUUUCGAGUCCCAAUGAAGAAAUAAAACA